AAAUUAGCUCUAAAACCAUCAACAAAUUUCUUCAGACCGACAAAAAAGCCGCUUUGAAGAGAGAGAGAAAGUGUUAGACAGAGGAAUUCAUGUUUUUUCCGGAGUAAAGAGAAAAACUUUUUUCUUUUUUCACAUUCUUCGGAUAAUUCCGUGAAAUUCUCUUGUUUUUCUUUUUUUCAAACACCCAGUAAUCAUGACGACCUCAAGACGUGUUGCUGACAGGAAGAACGAAAAGUUCCAGAAGAAUGUCACAAAGAGAGGCUUUGUUCCCGAGACUACUGUCAAGAAGGGUUCUGAUUAUCCCGUUGGGCCUAUUUUGUUGGGUUUCUUUGUAUUCGUUGUCAUUGGCUCAUCUCUCUUCCAGAUUAUCAGGACAGCCACAAGUGGAGGAAUGGCUUAAAUGCACAAUGUGAUGUUUAGCUUUUUUUCAUAUGUUUAGUCCACAGAAAUAGUAGUAAUCGAGAUGAAUGUACCAACCGUGUUGUUCGAAUGCAAAUUUGAAUAAAUAAUAAGAUGCAGUGAUGCACAUUCUCUA